GACCCACAUCUGAAGCCCUGUCCUGAGAAGCCCGCACAGUCCUCCCAAGUCAAGGCUCGCUGCGUUUGUCCCGUCCGUCCAUUUGCUUCGUGCUGCACUGCUGCGACGGGACGAUCGAGAAAGUCGCCGGAUUUGCCUCCCACGAACCUGCUGCCUGGGCUAGGCCGCUGGAGAAGCGAAGCACAUGACGAACCAGCAGGACGUGGUCGUGUCCGAGAUGGGCAUUGCGGCCGGAGCCGCGCUGCCGGGCCCCAGCCCGGCCCUCCUUGCCUGCCGGGGCGCGGCCGCCGGCGCAAUGUCCCUGCGGUACCUCGACCUGGCAGCGGCGGCCGCGCGCUCGGCCAGCGGCACCUGGGCCGACGCCAUGCGCGCCUCCUCGCCCACCCGCUCCCGCGCCGCCGACGAGUUCACGGCCUGGGUGAGGAAGCACCCGUCGGCGCUGGGGAAGUUCGAGCAGAUCGCCAGCGCGUCCAAGGGGAAGAAGGUCGUCAUGUUCCUAGACUACGACGGCACGCUCUCCCCCAUCGUCGCCGACCCCGACGCCGCCUACAUGAGCGACGCGAUGAGAGCGGCGGUGCGCGACGUAGCGAAGCACUUCCCGACGUCGAUCGUGAGCGGGCGCUGCCGCGACAAGGUGCGCAACUUCGUCGCCCUCUCGGAGCUCUACUACGCCGGCAGCCAUGGCAUGGACAUCAAGGGACCAAGCUCCAAUCCCGAGUCAGUUCUGUGCCAACCAGCAAGCGAGUUCCUCCCGGUGAUGGACGAGGUGUACAAGGCGCUGGUGGAAAAGACCAAGUCCACACCUGGCGCCAAGGUGGAGCACAACAAGUUCUGCCUGUCCGUGCACUUCAGAUGUGUAGAUGAAAAGAGAUGGAAUGGUCUGGCGGAGCAGGUGAAGGCGGUGACCAAGGACUAUCCCAAGCUGAAGCUCACUCAUGGGAGGAAGGUUCUGGAGAUCCGCCCGAGCAUCAUGUGGGACAAGGGCAAGGCGUUGGAGUUCCUGCUCGAAUCGCUCGGAUUCGCCAACCGCAGCGACGUCCUCCCGGUGUACAUCGGCGACGACCGCACCGACGAGGAUGCUUUCAAGGUGCUGAGGAAGAGGGGCCAAGGCAUCGGGAUCCUCGUGUCCAAGUGCCCCAAGGAGACGAACGCCUCCUACUCCCUGCAGGACCCCGGCGAGGUCAUGGACUUCCUGCUCCGUCUCGUGGAUUGGAAGCGGAAAUCAUCGGCGGCCCCGAUGGUUCGGCCGCGGGUGUAGCUCGGCAGCCCGGAGGUCGACUACUCGAUCGAUGGAAUCGGUGUCCAAUCAUGCGAACAUACCCGACCACGACCAUUUUUCCUCUCUCUCUCUCUCUCUCUCUAGCUUGUGUGGUGGCCUCGGAAACCGACCUGUGGUGGUUGCUGCAUUACAUGUUCUUCGAUUCCCUGACCACUGUGUGCUGCCUACGCCACCGAGGAAAAAGAGAGGCCACACACAAAGCACAACGUCGCUGAAAAUGUGUUUGGGCAUGUUGGCACUACUGUCGAAUACAGUAACCGUGUCUACUCCAAGGCAGUGUACUACCCCGGCCCCUCCUCCAAUUGUCGCGUUAUUAUUUUUGUCCCUCUUCCCCCAAUGGGUCUGGAACUGGAAGGCAUCUGCAAAUUAAGCUACCUGCCGUCCUAGAAGAACCAACCAACAGAGAAGGUUCUUCACUUGACUUCACCCCCAUCAUCAUGUAACUAGCUAGUACGUCUAGAGGGCCCGGCACUGUUCAUGCGUACUUACCCUCUGUAAAAUCUAGUGGAUGAAAGUAAGAUCCAGGUAACGGAAUUACAUUACGUCUGCAAAUUGUUCCGUACCUCGAUCCUAUAGGUGCAGCACUGCAGCUAUAUGCAUCA